GGAGAAGAAAAAAAUUUAUUUUUAAUUUUACAGUUAAUAAUGUUGGAAUGUUCAAUGAAUAUCCUGAACGUUUUGAAAAGACUGAAGGUGGAAUAAAAAAAUUGGCGGAUAUGGCGCUAGUUAAUAUGUUGCCACAAACAAUUCUUUCACAUUAUAUUUUGCGACAAAUGAUCCCAAGAAAGAAGGGAAUUAUUGUUAAUAUUUCUUCGACAAUAAAUUAUUUUGAAUGGUAUUAUUUGGCUGUUUAUUCUGCUUCAAAGAGAUAUGCCCGAUGGCUUUCUGCAAUUUUACAAGCCGAAUACAAAGGUACAGGAAUUACAAUUCAAACUGUGUGCCCUGGCGUGGUAGCCACAAAUAUGACUAAAAACCCAAAACCUUCAUUCACUGAACCUACCCCACUUAAAUUUGUUGGUCAAGCAAUACACAGCAUUGGAUUAAUUAAAGAAACUACUGGGUGUUUUGCUCAUCAGCUUAAUGUUAGUUUUGACCAUUUUGACAUAUUUUUGGGGUUUCGACAUUUUGAAAUAUUUUUGGUUUUCGACAUUUUGAAAUAUUUUUGUGGUUUUCGACAUUUUGACAUAUUUUUGGCGUUUCGACAUUUUGUACCAUUUUUUGGGUUUUGA